AUGGCAAGAACGCUGGCCGACGGAGGUAUUCACUCGGUCGCCGUGUUUCGUCAGAAGCAACGCAGCGGCAGCGACAUGGGUGUGGUCGAUGAUCGGCCGUUGAGAAACGUCGCGCGUAACGACAGGAUGGAUGACGCGGUGUGGCGAGCAGAGGUUCGAGUGCAGAUCGUCGCCGCCUUCGUCCUCGCCUUCAAAGCACAGCCUGAAAAGAAAGAUGGCCGAUUAAUGACGGAAGAAGAACAGCGGGAGGAGAACGAGGAAGACGAGCAAAAGCGGGAAGCGACAGCCGGCCGCAUCUCGCCGUCGGCGAGCACAUAG